GAGGGGAAGAGAAACCCUCCUAGCGGUCCACUUUUGGGGCUCACGGUGACCUCCUUUGGCACCCUUCGACCCUAGAGCACUCCAGGGCACAGGCAGGGGCGCGGGCACGUCUUUACUGCCUUGUCACGACCGAACGAACCUUGAGAUGACACCAAGACAACCCCCUUCCUUCCUCUCUCCGACUCUCCUCGACCUCCAGAUUGCUUGCAGAGGGACUACAUAUAUCAGUCAGCCGGGCAGGAAUCACCACACUUCCUCCCGCCUCAGUGAAGCAAGGAAGCACCGUUUAGGAGUCAUGAAGAUAAAGGCAGUGGUCGCAGUCCUCAGUGUGGUGGUGGCGACAGCGGCGGCGGCAUCCCUCCCUGCCCCUGACGCUGGUUACGCCUACAACGGCCCGGCAGGCGGUGGUGGCGGUGGUGGCGGCUUCGGUGGUUCUGAUGGCUCCAGUGGCCCGGCUCAGUACAACUUCAAGUACGAUGUUGACGACCAGCCUUCAGGGAACUUCUUCGGGCACCAGGAGCAGCGGGACGGUGACAGGACGGAAGGGAGCUACUACGUCAGGCUGCCGGACUCGCGCCUCAUGAGGGUGGAGUACUACGCAGACGACACAGGCUACCAUCCCACCGUCACCUUCGAGGGCGAGGCGCAGUUCCCUGACGGCCCUGCCCCUGGUGCUGGUGCUGGUUCCGGCGGUGCACCUGGCCGGUCUUACUCCCAGCCCGCCCCUCCCGGUCCAGCCCCAGCCCCCGGUCAGUCCUACUCCCAGCCCGGCCCCGGUACAGGUCCAGCUCCCGGCCCGGCACCGUCCCAACUGUACACAGCCCCAGGGAAAUAGAUGCGGUGUGAUGGGGUUCUUCAUCGUCGCCGUCAGGAUUCAUUAUUUAUUUAUUUAUUUAUCUUUUACUGAUUGUGGCUAUGCAGUUUUUUCUCUCUUUUUGUUUAUGGUGUACGUUGUGUGUAUGUUUGUCUGUCUGUAUGGUUGUUCUAACGAUAACAACAACAACAAGAGAAAUAACAACAACGGCAAUGACGAUAACAACUGCUAUUUCUUCUCUUCUCUUCUCCUAUUCCUUUUCUUCUUCCUCCUCCUCUCCUCUUCUUCCCACAACAAUGAAUUCUACUGGUAUUCUUAUAAACAUCAAUCCCAGAGGUACUCGUAAUAAGUAACGGAGACUGAAAGAAUGUUGCAAAAUGCUCUUGAGUAUUUGUAAGUGCAAUUAUCAGAUAGUAUAAUAUUAGUAGUAGUGAGAUUAUUUAUUGUAGACUUUUAUAUAGUCAUUAUCGUGAUGUA